AUGGAGAUGAGAUGUGAUGCUUCUUCCACAGCCAUGUCCGACCAAGACACAGAUACGAAGCAAGUAGACAGGAAAAGGAAAGCUGAAUCCUUUGAUGAGUUAGAGAUCGAUUUAAAUGCAUCCGUGCCCUUGUCCAAAAAGCAAAAACGUUUAGCAAGAAAGGGGAAAUUGGAAGAAGAGCCAGCUCCAAAAGUUACAACAGUGCAAGAAUCGGAGCAAAAGGCAGAAAAGUCAAAGUAUGGUGUAUGGAUUGGGAACCUAUCAUUCGACACUAGUAAGGAAGACCUCGUUAGAUUUUUAGUGGCAAAGUCCUCAAUAGCGCAAGAGGAUAUAACGAGGGUGAAUAUUCCCAAAAAGGGUAACCAAAUUAAAGGAUUUGCCUACGUUGAUGUGCAAAAUGACGAGCAAGUUGAACAAUUGAUUGCAGUGAGUGAGCAGAAUUUGAAUGGGCGUAACUUGUUAAUCAAGAAUGCCACUUCAUUCGAAGGUCGCCCAGAGAAGGAAUCAAAGUUACCACCAAGUCGGAUCUUGUUUGUGGGUAAUUUGAGUUUUGACACAACUGAAGACAACUUACGAGAGCAUUUCCAACAUUGCGGAGAUAUCGUUAGAAUCAGAAUGGCGACUUUUCAAGAUACAGGAAAGUGUAAAGGUUUUGCAUUUAUCGAUUUCAAGUCGGAAGAUGGUGCCAUUACUGCUAUGAAAUCAAAGCUUGCUAAAUCAAUGUUGAAUAGGAAGUUGAGGUUGGAGUACGGAGAAGAUAGAUCAAAAAGAAGACCAAAGAGUCAUAUGCGAGAUGAUGUGGAGGCAGGAGACGCUGCUGAUGGUCGAAAGCAAUAUAGAGAGAGACCGCAAGAGAAUCUGCAUAGAGAAAAACCACAAGACAAUCUGCAUAGAGAAAGACUGCAAGAUAAUCAUUAUAAAAAGAGAUCACAAGAGAAACCUCAACAGAGAGAAAAAUCGUCAGUUGCAUUGGCCACUGCUCAAAGAGCCAGCGCUGCUAUCGUGCCCUCAUCAGGUAAAAAAAUUAAAUUCGAUUAA